CCACCUCUAUCCAAGUCCACCCAUUCCCUCUCAAAAACUCGCAUCAAAACCUUGUCAAUCAACUUAAUCACAUAAAGAAGCAGCGGGAACGGAGAGGGAAGAGAAGUAAAAGAGUGAGAUAUGGCUUCAACAUCUGCGGUCUCAAUGGCAAUGCCAUUAACCUAUGCCAGCCAAAAGAGGGUUCCAUCCUCAGAGGCCUUCCUCAGGCCACUUCCAGUGAGGCCCUCAAAGGCGUUAGCUGCAUCAAAAUCAAGUGGGAGGGUUCAAGUGAGGGCUUCUCUGAAGGAGAAGGCAGUCACAGGACUCACCGCAGCUGCGCUGACGGCUUCCAUGGUGAUACCAGAGGUGGCUGAGGCUGCUGGCUCUGGGGUUUCUCCAUCCCUCAAGAACUUCUUGCUCAGUAUUGCGGCCGGUGGAGUCGUGCUUACUGUGAUAAUUGGUGCUGUCGUUGGUGUCUCCAACUUUGACCCAGUCAAGCGGAGCUGAGAGAGAACAAUUCUGUGAAUCCUGGAAAUUUAUUGAUUUUCAGUUCCAUGUAUCUGUUUGAUGUUUUUAGUAAUGAUCUCUGUUAUGUUUGUAAUAUGCGACUCGUUCAGCUGUAAUUUAGCCGGAAACUGAAUUCUGAAAUUUAAUUUCCAUCUUUCAUAUUC